AUCAGUCUUAUAUUUAAAAUAUAUGAAAUACUACUUAGAUUUUAGAAUUAUGUAAAAAAUCAAUACGACAAUUGACAUCGCCAAAAUAUUAUAUUCUGUGAUGUAAAUAAAGUUGUUUUAAAUCGAAUUAAUCAAACAAAAGUUUAUUUCAUUAAACUACCUACGGAUUUCUUAACAGAAUAUUCUCAAUUGAUGAACCAGAUGGUCUGCAGUUAUGGUACUAACUAAGAAAACAGUUAAUAUUGUAAACAUUGGCCUUUUAUCAUUUACUAUUUUUGUUUGGUCGUAUGUUGUUGCUACUGCUCAGAUGAUUCACAAACAAACGUCAUCUUGUAAUUAGAGUUAUCACAUCUAAAAUAGUCCAAACAUGGAAUCAACUACUAAUCAAAAGACAUCGUUUGAUUUGUCUUUUAAAACAAAAUUAAAAGAAAUUAAUGACAUGUUAAUUAGUAUUGAGAACAACUGUAUCGAAACCGAUAAUUUCCAUGAUAUUUUACAAAAAAUUAAUGAACUUCAAGAGUUUUUAAAUGAUUCCAAAACAUUUUUACCAGCUUAUAAUAUGAAGAAGUGUUCUAAUGAAAUCAAAGACAUAACAAAGUGUUAUGAGCAACUGCACGAAAAAUUACAGCCCAAGAAGAAAUUUACUUUUGGUAAACGACCAACUAAAUCAGUAGUCAAACCGAAAGAAGACAGAUUUGAACCAAUAAAUGAAUCAAAAGUUUAUAAAGAAGAUUAUGGGUUCAAAAAUCGUUCUAAUGAAAAUCUAAUGCUCACGGAAGAUGAAACUUUUUCAAAAGAUAUAGCUUUAGAUGUAUUGACCAAUUGCAAUGUCAUUAUUUGUGGUACACCUAGUACUGUGCGUGUGACAUCAUUGUCAACAUGUAAAAUAUUUGCAUGUGCGAGCACAUCAAUUUUUGUUGAAAACUGUAAGGAUACAAUAUUUGUAUGCGCAUCUCAACAAUUGCGUAUUCAUGAUUCGAUCGCAACUGAUUUUUAUAUUUACGUUACUAGUAGUGCUAUAAUAGAAAACUGUAAACAAUUACGAUUUGCUCCUCUUACACUCAAUAGCAUACUACUUAAAAAAUCAUUUGAAAUAGCUAGUUUUGAUGAAUCUAAUAAUAAUUGGAAAAUUAUAAAUGAUUUUGAUUGGUUGUCAUCUUACGAGCCAUCACCAAAUUGGUGUGAAAUACCAGAAGAAGAACGUGAUCAACCUUCAGAAAAUAAUUAUGUUUAGUAUCUUAACAUUUUUUUUUAAUAUCUAUAUAAAACACAACUUCAAUAAAAAAAAUUUUCACUGAUUCCAACUAACUAAAAUUAUACUAAUUUUUAUUUAAUCCACAAAUAAUUUUUAUUUUUAUUAUUUUAUCACUGCUUAAAAUAAAAACUAUGAGAUAGAAAAUUUAUUGUAUUGUAAUAUUAGUGUUUAAGAUAUGAAAAUUUGAAUAAUAUAUUUUAAUUGAAUUUAUAA